GUUUUGCACAACCCGCCUCUUUAAUUCUUUGAACACUGUAACUGUAGUAAACAAGAUUAUUCAGGUCCACAAAUCAAAAUCUACACCCUCUUUCUUCUUAAAUCAACCAAUCUUUGCACAAACUUGUGCUAAUCCAAACCCACCAACCGUCUUUGAAACGCUUCAUCAACAUUUAUUGCAGGAAAAAACGUUAUCAUUUAUGCAUUAGACUUCCCUUUUACAUUCCCUCUUCAAUGGUAUACUGAUAUAGUAAAAUCAUUACUGUUUAGUGGGCCUUUUUCUGGUAUAAUAUCUCCUUUUAGUAAUUGCUAAGUACCCUUUUUCUCUGUGUGCUGAAAACCAUUACUCUUCCUUCAACCUUUUUUCAAAAAUCAUGGAAACUAAGAGUUUCUUUUAGUGGGUUUUGCUUAAAGUUUGUAUCUUUUUUAGUUGGUGGUUUGAUUUAUGGUGAUUUCUCCAUUUUUCUCUUAGUGGGUUUGUUUCAUUUGGUCAAUUUUCUAGGAGAAAGUGAAAGACUGUUUUUUUACUGGGUAGUAGAGUGUUUGGCUGAAGAUUGGGAAUGGGAUUUUUAAACACAAUACUGAGUAUUUUUGGGUUUGGAUUUGGAUCUUGUAUUGGGGUUGUAAUUGGCUUCUACUUCUUCAUCUUCUUUCAGUCUACUGAUGUUAAGGAUCCUGAAGUUCGUCCAUUGGUCGAGCUAGACAACAAGACCUUACUAAGGGUUCUUCCUGAGAUACCCCUUUGGGUGAAAAAUCCGGACUUUGAUCGUAUUGAUUGGCUUAACAAGUUCAUACAAUAUAUGUGGCCUUACUUAGAUAAGGCGAUUUGCAAGACUGCAAGGGAUAUAUCAAAGCCCAUUAUCGCUGAACAAAUCCCGAAGUAUAAAGUUCAGUCGGUUGAAUUCGAAACACUUAGCUUAGGCACCCUGCCCCCUACUUUUCAAGGAAUGAAAGUAUACGUCACUGAAGAGAAGGAGCUGAUUAUGGAACCAGCAUUGAAGUGGGCAGGGAACCCUAACAUCCAUGUUACAGUCAAAGCAUUUGGACUAAAAGCUAGUGUCCAGGUGGUCGAUUUACAAGUGUUCGCUCACCCGCGCAUUACAUUGAAGCCUCUGGUGCCGGCUUUCCCUUGCUUUGCCAAUAUAUAUGUUUCUCUAAUGGAAAAGCCUCACGUCGACUUUGGAUUAAAACUAUUAGGUGCAGAUGCUAUGGCAAUUCCAGGCCUCUAUAGAUUUGUUCAGGAAAUAAUAAAAGAUCAGGUAGCAAACAUGUACUUAUGGCCUAAGGCCCUGGAGAUACCUAUCUUGGAUCCCGGGAAAGCUAGGAAGAGACCCAUUGGAAUUUUACAUGUUAAGGUUGUGAAAGCAACGAAUCUAAAAAAGAAAGAUCUUCUCGGAGGAUCUGAUCCAUAUGUCAAGUUGAAACUUACCGAGGACAAACUUCCCUCAAAGAAAACUACCGUCAAGUACAAGAAUUUGAAUCCCGAGUGGAAUGAGGAAUUCACCAUGUCUGUUAGAGAUCCGGAGACUCAAGUUCUAGAGGUCUUUGUUUAUGACUGGGAAAAGAUUGGCACACACGAAAAGAUGGGCAUUAAUGUUGUUCCGUUGAAAGACCUUACGCCAGAUGAAAUGAAAGUCGUCACUUUGGAGCUCUUGAAAAGUAUGGAUCCAGAUGAUGCUCGAAAUGAAAAGUCUCGAGGACAGGUUGUUCUAGCACUAACUUACAAACCGUUUAAGGGGGAUGAGAUGGCCAAAGAUACUGAAGAUUCUCAAGUGGUUGAGAAGGCUCCUGAAGGAACACCUGCUAGUGGUGGUUUACUUGUCAUUAUUGUCCAUGAAGCUCAAGGUCUAGAAGGAAAGCACCACACAAAUCCUUUUGCUCGGCUCUUGUUUAAAGGCGAAGAAAGAAAGACUAAGAUGAUAAAGAAAAACCGAGAUCCCAGAUGGGACGAAGAGUUUGAGUAUAUGUUGGAGGAACCACCAACGAACGAUAGACUACACGUAGAAGUGAUUAGUGCAUCAUCCAGAAUAAGUUUAAUUCAUCCGAAGGAAACUCUAGGAUAUGUUGAUAUAAAUCUUGCGGAUGUUGUCAAUAAUAAGAGAAUAAACCAAAAUUACAAUCUCAUUGACUCGAAAAAUGGUCGCAUUCAGAUCGAACUGCAGUGGAGAACAUCAUAGGACUCUUGAGAUUUCAAUAGAUAUGGGGACUGAUAAUGCAGACAUGUUUUUCCUUGUAAAUUUGUGAACAUUCCAUUGUUUUGAUUAAUAAAGCGUAGAAAAUUCUAUGCUUGUGAGUUGUGAGAAUUGUUUUUCUGUCAUUCCUUGUAAAUUGUGAUUAUGCAUGAGAGUUGAAUUGAAGUUAUCAA